AUUUAUGUAUAGCAAUAAUGGUUAAUGGAAGAGAAAACGAAUACUACAAUUAAUUAGAGAGAAAAACGUAACGUAUUGAAAAGGCGAUGAAAAGGGCGAUCUAGAAUUUCGAUGAUUCUAACUCGUUGGGAUCCUGGGAUUUUUGUGGUUUAUGAGGAUUGGAUUUGGGAAUCAUCUAUCACUCUUCGAUGGAUUGGCUUGCGAAAGUGGAAUUUGGGGAAAUCUCGACGGCUUCGAAUCUGGUUGAUCCGGAUCUCAAUUGCGUUCAUCAUCAAGGCAAGAUCGAAUCUUCUCAGAGAUAUGACGCAGGGUCAGCUUCUGAGUAACGUUGGGGAGGUGAAGAACGGUGAAGGCAUGCGCAAGAGGCUCAAAAUUUCGGUCCCUCACUUCGAUAAUUCAGCUUUGGUCAAGACUUUCUCAAAGACCUUACUGGGAAGAUGCAUGAAUCCUGAGAAACAGGAGAUGAGGACUUUGAUUUCGAACAUCCUGAAGAUAUGGAAGUUCGAAGAUAAAGUUGUUGGUACGGAUUUGGGAUUCGGGAAGUUCCAGUUUGAUUUUGAGAAGGAGGAGGAUUUGGAAGGGGUGCUCAAGCUUCAGCCCUUUCACUUUGAUUACUGGAUGCUUUCCUUGGCACGCUGGCAAUCAAAGAAAUCUCUGCUCUACCCGUCAGAGAUUCCUUUCUGGGUUCGUGUGAUUGGUGUACCGGGGGAGUUCAAAACGGUUUCUACUUUCGAGAGCAUAGGUGGUGCUAUUGGAAGGACGGUGGCUGUGGAUUUGGAUCACUCUCGUGUUCAAGUGGUGGUUGAUGCCUUCAAGGAGCUCUGUUUUGAAACUACAGUGGACUUCACAGGCGGGGAAUUCUAUGAGGGGGAGGAAGUUCCGGUCUCGCUACGCUAUGAGAAGUUGUUUGGCUAUUGUGAAGUAUGUGGCAGCCUAUGCCAUAAAGAUGACGUGUGUCCACUUGACGCGAAGAAUGGUAAGAAGAGUCCGGAGAAGAAAAGAGAAGGCAGGGAGGGAAAUGAUGCGUGGUUUGAAGGAGGAAAGCAUGAUGAUAGAGCAAGGAGUUACAAAGGAGUAGUGAUCAAUGGGAAUGUGAAUCCACAGAACAAGGAGAGGGAAGGGCGCGAGCACUACGGGAAGGGCAAGGGUAAAAUGGUGGAGGAAUCAGACUCUAAAUGGAUGAAGGUAUCAGAGAGGGGAAACAAGAGGGCAUAUACAAAUCGAGGAAGUUACAAAGGAGAGGGUGAUGUGUCUCGUCAUAGGUCUGUGAGGAGAGAAGAUAUUCGACCUAGAGAUCUGAAGGAACAAGGUAGAGAGCAACAGGGGCAAAGAGGUGGGCGUGUGGAAGUUAGAGAGGAAGGAGAGAUUAUGAGAGUAGAGGAGCAAGUUGCAAUGGUGCCUUCGCAAAAGUUUCAAGAGGAAUUGGCCAAUACGCAGGCUGAUGGAGCCGGUGUAAUCUCUGAUCCUACAGAUGCAGAGCAAGGUUUAGUAACGGUCCAGGGUCUGGUUGAGGGUCAAGGGGAGCUAGAUGAUGAGGACGUGAUGGACAUGGAUGAGAUCAAGGCACAUUUACUGGAGAAUGGAAUAGAUAUGGAUGCAGAAGAUUUUCUGGAGAACCUCUCGGAAGAAGAAGUAGAGGAGGUGCUUAAGGGUAACGAGGAGGGAGGAAAGGGUAACGAGGAGGGAAGCAAGGACCGGGAGGAGAAGGAAAUGGUACCUGUGGAGGAAGAUAAAGGUCUGGUUGGAGGAGAUGGUGAGAAAAAGCAUGGGCUACGCAAGCGUUUGUUUAAGUCCUCGUCAAGCACGGUGGGAAGCACCAAGAUGAGGGUCUUCAAUGCGUUGGCGUCUCCACGAAAGCGGGUUGGGACCAAGACUGGAACAAGACAAGGAGACAAUGGUAAGCAACUGGAGAGCAAGGGUCCUUCAAACCCGAAAAAUGGUACUCAGAAACCUUGAUUUAUGGAUCAAGCCUUUCAGUAUGGGUGUUUAAGCAAGCAGGGUUUGCUUUAUGUUCGGUUUUAUGGUUUAGUUUGUUUCUUGGUUUUAAUAAGCUUUUAUAGCAUUGCCAUUUUCUAUCUUUUAAACAUGAGUCUGUGUUUGGGUUCAGUUUUAUUGGUGUGGUUCUUGAUCAAAAUUGCUCUUGGAAGUAAGCAAUGGCUUAAUAAAAUUGGUUCGUAUUAUGGGUA